UCGUGCACUAUUUGAUGAAGAAUAAGUCAUAAGAAGAGGAUGGGUAUCGAGCGUGAGUGUGAAUAUCGGGUCGGUUGAUGGAUAAUCUGAUCAAUCGUAAUUAAUCGACUGAUUAUCCUUGUGGGCUGAAGAUACUUUUGGUAUUUUAUUUUACUACCGUGGGUUAGACUUUUCUUCUCUCGUUUUGAAUUCGAUUCAAAUUUUGUGUAAAAAAAAAUUAAUAUUGGCUCACUCUUACCAAGGAGGAGGGAGUUUCUUCAACAUGGGUGGGUCUGAAAGAGGCUUGUACAGGAAACAGAGAUCUGGGCGGCGGCGCUUGGUUGACUGAUCUGCAAACGGACGAACGGACGGAUCUGCAUUACUCAGGGCGGCGGCGAACAGAUCUGUUUUGAUCUACAAACGGGCAGAUCUGAGCGGCGGCACGGAACUUUCAGAUCUAGCGUGAACGGGCGUGAACUGAUCUUUCAGAUCUGGACGAGAUCUGAUCUGGGCAGAUCUAAACGGUCGUGACCAGUGGUGAACGGAUCUGCAAACGGACAGUACUACUCCGCCGGAUCGACGUCAGACGAGACUGAUUUGGAAGGCAGUGGCGUGGAUCUGGUCGACGGCUUGAACUGGUCAGGACUGAUUUAAAUGGCAGCGGCGUGGAUCUAAUCGACAGGGGAACUGGUCGACGGCGGUACUGAUUUGGACAGCAGACAGCCAGAGCUAGACCCUAAAUGUCAGGCUACGGAAGUCGAAGUUAGUGGCGUAUUAACCAAAUGCCUCAUUCACUCCAGUGCUAUCUAUUUGUUAUCUUUCACGUACUCGUCUUCAUUAUGAAAUGGCCGACUUUCUGCCUUAGUAGUAUGGUUGAGAGUAAAAUUCUAAAUGUCGGAGAGGAGCUGUGGAGGGAAACAUUACCAUUACAAUUGGGUUCUCGCCUAUACCAUCUUCAAGGACUCAAACCUGAUAUGUGGUAUGAAGUGAAGAUAUCAUAUCCUGGCUCUAUACCUGCCAGCUUCUCAUUAGAGCUAAAGAGAGACUUAACAAGCCUUGUUGAGAAGCAGAGCAGAAAGCUACUCGAUACUGAAAAGCUUCUUUUUAAAACAGAAGGCAUGAACUUGUUGGGAGAUCAGGUUGAUACGCAUGUAUUGGUAACUGUGAAAUCCGAGGGAGUUGUUGCCAUACCAUCGGUACAGGAAAGGGAGUCGAUCAUCUUCAAUAUAGCUUGUGACGAACUACUAAUCGGUAUCCCACACAAAGCUUGGGGGGUUGGAGGCUUGGUUAUAUUCUGCUUGAUAUUGGCAUUCAUCAUCCCAUCUCUUUUACCAUCAUGGCUGCUACAGACCAACCAAACCCAAGGACCGGGAAAUCAUCAUGCAUCCAAGAGUUCUUAAAUUGGUUAGCUUAAGACCUUGUGCAACAGCUUUAAGGCUAUAAGAAUGGAGAAGUUAUUGUAUAGUGUUAAGCUAUCUGCCUGCUCGAACUAACUGCCUUAAUCUCACAAGAAUUUUCUUAUAAUGGACCCUGAGAAGGAAAAUAUGUAAGCUUUUGAUCCAUUAUCAAGAAUUUGGUUCUCCUUGGUUCAUUUGUCAAUAAAGCAAAUUACAAAUUUUAUCGAUUA